AUGGCAAACUACGUCGCAUCAUGCGUGUUUCUCAUUCUCGAUGUACUCAUCACCAUCCCGGCAUGCCUCAUCACAAUGCUGAUCGACUACGCAACCAGAACCGCCACAGCAGAUCAAGACACGACACUUGCAGAAUGCUCAUAUCGGCUUGACUCGUCCACUCCAUCGACUCUAAGACUCCCCGACUCGCGAAUUCUAAGUUACGCUCAAUUCGGGUCAACCUCUCCCACAGCCAAGACAAUCUUCUUCCUCCACGGCUUUCCCGGCUCACGCAUAGAAGGCGCAUACCUCGACAAACCCGCACGAGCCAAGAACAUUCGGGUAAUCAGUGUCGAUCGUCCAGGAACAGGUCAAAGCACCCCGGAUCUAAACCGGACUGUUCUCUCUCACGCCAAAGACAUUGAGCACCUGGCUCAGCACCUCAACGCAGAAGAGUAUGGUGUCCUCGGAGUCUCCGGCGGCGGCCCGUACGCUCUAGCUUGUGCUAAGGCUCUACCGGCUGACAGGUUAAAGGUAGUAACCAUUGUAUGUGGCCUGGGUCCUUCGGAUAUAGGAUACUGGGGAAUGUACAUCAUGAACUACCUGGGCUGGACGCUCGCGCCGCACUACACCCCACGCCUUAUGAGAUGGUGGCUCAGUCGUGAGCCUGUUGCAAGACUUGAUCUGAGCAGAAAACAACGGAUGGAUAUUUUAAUCCAGAGUUUUGAAAAGUCUCAGCCAAGAAUGCCGCCGAAAGAUGUUGCGUUCUUUGGGGAUGUGGACGUGAUGAAGGUGCAAUUACGGACUGGGGAGGAAGCAUUUGCGCAGGGAACAUGGUACGCAUUGCAGGACAUGAAGCUUCUUGCAUCGGAUUUGGGGUUCAAAAUCGAGGAUAUACGUAAGGAUUUGCCGGUGCAGUUAUUGUAUGGGAGACUUGAUCGAAAUGUGCCGCUUACACAUGGAGUAGAGGUUGCGAGGAGGUUGAGGGGCGAGGAUGAUGACGGGAGGGUGAGUUUGAGGAUAGAAGAGCAUGAUACUCAUGCGAGCAUAUUUUUUGACUAUAGGGACGAGUUUUUGGAUGAGAUGGUGAAGAGGUUGUAG